GCUUGGCGGGAGGCAGCCGCCGUGGCCGCGCACCGGUGCUGCCGCCGCUCCGCUCCGCUGAGCCAGGUAGCGCGAGCCCCUCCCCCUCCCGCGCCGCGCCGUUGCCAGACAGCUCAACAUGAACUGUAAGCGUGAAGAUCAUUUUAAAAGUGAACAGAACAAUAGUCUUCCUUUUGAGAGCUGGCUACAGGAUUCUGAGUUCCUGCAGUACUGUCCUAUUCACUGCCUUAAGACAGGACGUGGGCCUAUGUUACUUUGUUCACAUUAGGUGUUACUGAAGUUACUUGCUUCAUCAGAGGAAAUGCAGAUCCAUGAAAGUACAUUCUGUGCAGGUUGUCGUUAACUCUGUUGGCAAUGUCUAUGAUUUUAUCAGCCUCUGUAGUCCGUGUGAGGGAUGGACUCCCACUCUCUGCAUCUACAGAUUAUGACCAAAGCACAGGAAUGCAAGAAUGUAGGAAAUAUUUUAAAAUGCUCUCAAAGAAACUUUCUCAGCUUCCUGAUAGAUGCACUCUGAAAACUGGGCAGCAUAAUAUAAACUUUAUAAGUUCUCUGGGAGUAAGCUAUAUGAUGUUGUGCACUGAAAAUUAUCCCAGUGUCUUGGCUUUCUGCUUCCUGGAUGAGCUUCAGAAAGAGUUCAUCACUACUUACAAUAUGAUGAAGACAAAUACUGCUGUUAGACCGUACUGUUUUAUAGAGUUUGAUAAUUUCAUUCAGAGGACCAAACAGAGAUAUAACAACACACGCUCUUUGUCAACGAAGAUGAAUCUUGUUGACAUGCAGACAGAAAUCAAGCUGAGACCACCUUAUCAAGUUUCAGUGUCAGAACUUGGUUCAGCUAAUGGCUUCACAGGUUUACCUGUGCCAGAAUACAGGGGUACUGGUAAGAUAUCUGCAGCUCCUCAUCAGCGUCUGGAACCUGUGACUCUGACAGGGAUUGUCUCGUUUGUGCUUAGUCUGCUAUGUGGGGCUUUGAAUUUAAUUCGUGGCUUUCAUGCCAUAGAAAGUCUUCUGCAGAGUGAAGGUGAAGAUUUCAGCUAUGUCAUUGCGUUUUUCCUUGGAACAGCAGCCUGUUUGUACCAGUGUUACCUGUUUGUGUACUACACGGGCUGGAGGAAUGCCAAAUCCUUCCUGACCUUUGGCUUGAUAUGCCUGUGUAACAUGUACCUGUACGAACUGCGCAACCUGUGGCAGCUCUUCUUUCAUGUGACUGUGGGAGCAUUUGCUACCCUACAAAUUCGGCUGCGACAACCACAAGGAAAGUCCCCUGAUUACAAUGUCUGACAAGUCCUGGAACACUCAGAGGCAGUCUUGUCCCAACAGUUAUUCACUCUCAGGAAUGUAAAUCUCCAGAAGAAGAAGAAGCUGUCUCAAUGGGGCUUUUUUUUCUCUUUUUUUCUUUUUUAAAUAAAGCAAUGUGAGAUGCCUGUGGACAUUUUUCACUUGAUUAAACUUUAC